GCGACCUUCAAAUUGUAUACUCCCAUAAGUGACCUUACAGUGUCAAGACCAUAUUGAUAGGAUACGAUGCUUAUUCCUUCAUAAACUCAUUCAUACCCCUUGAGCCAUACAAUCCACCUGAUAUUCAUAUAGACCAACGACGGCUCAACAUGGUUCAUUAUGAAUUCACUUUACUGGUCUCAUACCCUCCGAAUAGCUAGGCCUCUCGGCUUACUCUCAAGGACAAGAACUCAAAUUCGACUCGCGGAACUCAGUCAAGUUCCACCUCGCCACUAUGGUCAACGACCUGCAGUGCGGUCCUUUAGUAUUAUGCCAGCCGCGGUCGCCAUCGUAGACACAUCCAUAACCACAAUUAUCAAUAUACACGCUGCUACACAUAUACCAUGGUUUGUGUUAAUCCCCCUCUUGUCAAUCGGGGCCCACGCCGUCUUCCGAUUACCUUUCCUCUUAUAUACACAAUCGAUCAACCGGCAUCAAGCUAAAUCUUUUCUGGUUAUGCGAGGAUGGGGUUGGCGCAUCCCACAAGCUAUUCACAAGGAAAGGAUCCCGAAAGAUCAGAUCGAGAAAGAGGAAAAGAAGAGGAUGUCGAUGACAGUAUCCAGAAUAAACCGCGCCUUAGGUACGCAGAAAUGGAAGAUGUGGUCUAGCGUCUUAGGUUUCCCGGGCUGGAUAAUCUGUCUCGAAUGCAUGAGGGAAAUAUGUGGCGGCCCAAGAGGACUUUUCGGGAGCCUUAUCGUGGGAGAUACCAACAACCAUGCCACAGGUCAUGAGGCUACAAUUUCGACAGAUAUUGCAUCUGCAGCUACUAGCCAAGGGUCUACGGUCAAUCCAUCAAUAUCUGUUGCCACGACCGAGUACGCUCAGGCGGACCUAUUAGACCCCAGCAUUAUGUUUGAAGGUUGUCUUUGGUUUACCGACUUAUCCGUUCCUGACCCAUACCAUAUUCUCCCCGUUGCAUUAUCUGCCAUGUUGGUCAAGAACCUGUUGCCGAAGGGCGGCAUUCCGGAGCUACUUGGUCGCAAUAAAUCUAAGGACGCAUCUACAAUAGUAGGGGCGCCAAGUCCAUGGCAACUUAGGCUACGUCGAGCCGCCGUCGCGAUAGCUCUUUUCAUAGGUCCUGGUACUGCGGAUAUGCCAGCCGCGCUCCAUUUUUAUUGGCUAACAUCAGCUACAAUGAGCUAUGUCAUCAACAAAGCGCUAUCCCGCUAUAAUCCUAUUAAGUUGAGGAAAGUGGACAGGUGCAAUGGAGUUGAACCUAACAUCAUUCAACCGAAACGAUUCGGGAAAGACGGUCCCUAUACCAGAAAGAAUACUGCGCAAACAGAUUCAAAGCCAUAAAAUAGCUCAAAGACAUGGACCACGAGCCAUAUUCAUCCGAUAUACCACAUAUCAUGUAGUAGAUAAUCUGUAAACACGUACGAUUGGUUCAAAUGUAUGUGACAAUACUGUAAAAAUAUAAGUUUGGCGAUCGGAUAGCCGAGACAUUUCAGGAAACCCUUGCGCCGAUGAUUAUAUCAAAGCAGUCUUCAAAGGGGUACGGUCUUCCGUCUGGUCUUUAAAGUGGCACAGUCGAAAAAUAUAUGUUGAAAACCUCAGAACAAAAGGAUAGCCGAUCGAUUAUAGACAGCGAAUUUCCAUAUACCAACCCAGUCAAACGUGUGGAUAUAUCCACAAUAACUCCAUAACGCCCAAAAUACCGCUCACGUCCUACUCGAACUUGAAAACUCGACCUAUCCAAGGAAUACAGCCAGCAGAACGAUAGCCAUGAUGAUAGCUAAAACUACGAGCAGACAGCAGGCCUUGCUCCGUGCGUUCUUCUGA